AGGCAAUCGAUUAAAAUGCUACAGAGGGAAGAGUUGGAUGCACACUUGCAACAUGAAAAGGCUUCUUGCUUUAUCUAGCUGCAGGAAUCCAACUCCCAUAUCGAGUCGCACAACUUUGCUUCACAAGAGAUAGAUAGAUAGAUCGAUCAAGGUCUCGAAUUCAUGAUUGCGGAAGGCGGAUAAGGUUGAACUUAGUCAAUAUCAAUGAAUCGUGGGGUUGGCGGAUUUCAUGCGCUUAUCUACUUGAGAUAUGGCCCGUCUUGGAAGUUGGAAGCCCCGUCCCUUAGCCCAUCCAUCGCUCGACGCUACGGAAGGAGAAAAGGAGCGAGCACAUGCUCAUUUGUUCUCUGAACAAUUAUCAUCUCCGACCAAUAAACAAUUGCCUGUCGUCUUCUGCUCAAUUCUCAUUUUCACCGCAUGUUGUGUCUGGAAGAGGAAAGCCCCUGAAAAUUAUCAGAUGGGAGAUCAUUGGAUGACACCGCCAAUACCCCGUUUGAUGCGCAUCUCGCUACCCGCUGUCGCUGUCGCAUCCUGGCUGCUGUAUGGUUCAUCACAGACCGCGUCAGGGGUAAAGAGAAGCCACAUGGACAGAUUGAUGGAUGCAUGGACGUUAUCCCCCAAGAAGCGAUCAUUUUAUAAAUGAAAUCUCCUCGUUUCGCGAUAAUGGAUGAUGGGUGAUGUAAAAAUAGAAUUCCGAAUCCGGGCAGCAUCUCGAGGUGUCGAAUAUCGAACGAACGAACGAACGAACGAACGACGAAUCCUUCACGUGAGAGAUGCCUUGUUGUGGAAAGGUUGAAAUGCAAGAAAGACGACGGUGCGAACGUUGUAAACGACGGGCCGUAAGUAUUUGUUUUUUCUUGCUUGUUCAUUGGUGGGUGAGUGUUGAGCUGCCAAGUCUGG